AUGAGAUCUCAUUCUGCGCUGUCAAGCUUUCUAGUCUUGCUCAUGGAAGUUUCGGCGGAUCCAUUCUUCGUCAUACAACAUGGAAAUGCGGUAGUUACUAGUCGAAGAGAUCCUAUCAUAUCUCCCGGUGGGAUAUCUGGACAUGUCCACUCUAUAGUCGGCACAUCAUCGUUCAAACCUUCGUAUGAUUACGAUAAUUCGGUAAAUGGGAAAUGUACAACCGCCGAUGUAAGCGUAGACAAAAGUAGUUACUGGGCGCCUCAGUUGUACAGGAAACAAGAUGAUGAAAGUGUGCAAUUGGUCAAAAUGAAUAGGGUUAACACCCAGGGGACAGAACAGAUGUAUGAGUUCCCGAAAGGGAUGAAGAUGUUAGCUGGUAAUCCAUUUAGAAACACGUUUGAUGCCAACGAUCCUGCUCAAGCCGCUAUAGGUUUUACUUGCUUAGGUGCAGAGGGGCCUGUAACGAACGGGUUUCCCGACAGGAGUUGUCCUCAGGAUUUACGUGCCGAAGUGACAUUCCUUCGUGCUGGGACGGCAAGAAUGUAUGGUUGGAAGGGAGCAAACACGAUUAUGACUUUAUUUUACGAGUUCCAUUUCGUCGAUACAUACGAUUAUAAAGCCGGUGCUAGGGUUCUGGCUCAAGGUGAUGAUACAGGAUAUGGUUUUCAUGGUGAUUUCACGAAUGGCUGGCCAGUCGGAUUGUUCUCUGAAAUAUUUACCAAAGGCAAAGAAUGUGAAGUUUUAUUCGAGGUUGAAAAUUGUUCACCUCUGAAACCAUAUUUCACCGGUGAUAGAGGUGCGACUUGUCAGCCUGAUGACGCCAGUGUGAUUGUCAACGAGGAAAUAGGAGAUACCGCACCUAUAGCGAAACUUCCAGGUGACAAUCCAAUCUGGAACGGUGGUCCAGCACCCAAUAAAGGUGGUUCUGCUGUUGCUGCAACAUCUUCAGCAGGAGCAGGAGCAGGGGUUAGUCAGCCUGCUUCUGCAGUAUCAGCAGCCACUUCUCUUCAAGUCACUUCGCAAAUUUCAUCGCAAAAUCCUAACAACUCAGCUCAGUCUUUCCCUGCUUCCUCAGCGACCAGUCCGCUUGCUCUUCCAGCGACUACCAGUAUUGCUUCAUCUACGACCACUAGUAGGAAAGGAUGGGGAAACUGGGGUAAAAGGAGAAGGUCGAGGGGAACGUAUUGA